UAUAAAAACGUGCUUGCAAGAGUUCGAACGUAAGCUAGCGAAUACCGAUUAAUAUUAUUUUUUAUUUGCGAUGCAGAACCGAGUCUUAUUUAGUGAAAUAUAUGGCAAUGAGGAAGAAAAUAUAUAUGUUAGAUCCAAAGAUCACUCGUCGAUAAUUAAUUUACAAACUGGAUUGAAAAAUACAAAGUCCUUAUUAUCUGGGAUCCUGUCGAUUAUCAAAGACGUUUUUUUACCUCAAGGAUUUCCUGAUAGUGUUCAUCCUGAUUACGUUCCUUAUCAAAUAUGGGAUACAGUGCAGGCUUUUGCAAGUACCAUAAUGGGUACUCUCACAACUCAUUCAAUUAUGCAAGGAGUAGGUGUUGGAGAAUCUACUGCGACACCUUUAGCUGCAGCAAUAACUUGGAUUUUAAAAGACGGAACUGGUAUGGUCGGGCGCAUAAUUUUUGCAUGGUGGAAUGGGACUGACCUAGAUGGACAAUGUAAAAAAUGGAGAUUGUUUGCGGAUAUUCUUAAUGAUGUGGCAAUGGGCAUGGAAUUACUAAUACCUUAUUUCUCAGCUCAUUCAAUGGCCGUAUUGUGUGCUUCAACCGCAAUGAAAUCUAUUGUUGGUGUGGCUGGUGGUGCAACCAGAGCUGCAUUAACGCAACAUCAGGCGUUACAAAACAAUUUAGCAGAUGUAUCAGCUAAAGAUGGAAGUCAAGAAACUUGUGUUAAUCUGGUUGCAUCUUUUCUUGGAAUUUUCAUACUGUCAUACAUUUAUGACGAACGAUAUUUACUAGAACUAUAUGUCUUCUUGGUAACAGUGCAUUUAUAUGCCAAUUAUUCGGCAGUUAAAGCUUUACGGUUAAACACAUUAAAUGAAGAUCGCCUUGCUUUGUUAGUUAAACAUUAUCUUAUUCAUGAAACUGUUCUUGAUGCAGCAGAAAUUAAUAAAAAAGAAUCUGUUUUUCUUUUGGGGAAACCUACAAAAGAUAUAUGUGGAUUUGACAUAAAAUUAGGAGUAUCACUUUCAUAUAUUUUUAAAAGAAAUGCCAAUAAUAUAUCAAAGUGCACAGAAGAUUUUCUAAAAGAUUUUCAACAUAAAGAAUAUUUAAUAUUUGUAGAUAUUAAGAAAAAGAUUAUUUUUGUGGUAUUAAAAAAAAACAUAGAACAGCAUGAAAUAUUAAAAGCAUACUUUCAUGCUUGCCUCUGUGGCAUAUUAACAAGUAUGUCACAACAACUUCCAAUUGAAUUGUUAUUAACAACUGAGACAUGUAAACCUUCAUUUCCUUUAAUACGUAUAUACCUUCUUUAUAAGAAACACGAUUCACUUCAGUAUCAUAACUCUUUUCCAUCUAUAGAAACUGCCUUUUAUGAUACAAAUAAUAUUAUUGAGAAAGAAUAUCAAACUUUUGUAAAACAUUUAGAUGACAAAGGAUGGAAUUUGAAGAUUAAUCUUUUACCCAUGAAUUCAUGGAGAUGUGUAUGGAAUAUUAAAAAAACCCAAGAAUAACUAUAAGAUCAGUCAAGAGAGAAAGAGAGUGUGAGAGAAAGAGAGAGAGAGAGAAAGAGAGAGAGAGAGAGAGAGGGAGAGAGAGAGAGAAAGAGAGAGAAAACUUUAUUCCUAGCAUUUUAUAAAAAUAUGACACACCUUUUUUAAAUCUGUACAGUAAAGUCUUGCAAAAUUUGAA